GUGACGGCACAUGGACGUCUACAAGCCUUGACCCAGAACAUGGUGUAAAUCCUGGGUUGAUUUUUGGUUUCGCUCGCGUGCUGAUGGGAACAUCAUCGUCUCAACGGUGGUGACGCUUUGCUACGUCCUCGCUUGUGCAUCAGCCAGUUCACUCACUCUGUGGUUGCAUCAUCACUAUAACAAGCAUCUAUCUCCUACAGUGGCAUCCUCUAUGGUUUCCUUAGCUGCUGGUGUUUUCCUCCCUCCCACUUCAAACCCUCUCAUGUUUUUCAUAUGGACGGGUUCAUUCGUUGGUAUGAGUUCCUCAGCGGCCUGUCCCGGAUCAUACAGUUUGAUCAUCAUAAAAGAAGCGCCAAUUUUGUCGGAAAAUAUUUCUAUAUUUCUCACUGGUCUCUGGAGUGGUAUACUUUUGAUCGGUUUCUGGUGGUGGACAGGGGAAGUUGGAGGGCGUUAUGGUUUUAUAGCGUUCGUUGGUUGUUUUUCUGUACAUCUUUUUACGAAGUUAAUUCGGAAAGGUAGGCGAAAUUCGGACGAAGAUUCUGAGGAAACUGAGAAAGAGACUUCUGAAUAUGAUGAUGAUGAUGAUAAUGAUUACUGCGAGCCAACGGUUACCGCCCGUGUUUGAGUCGUGUUUCGGACAAAUUUUGUAUCAUUGUUGUUGGUCGCGUAUUGCAUCAUGUGCAUGCGUGCAAUUUUUUGUAAGCACUGAAGUCGAUGAAAAGUUGUACUUUUUCAUUGAUUGUCGUUUUUACACUGGAAGCGGUAGUAGCA